AUUAAUUAUAGGCGUGAAAAAAUAACUCAGGAAAAAAAUCUUCAACAAAAGUUUUCGAACGGAUAUCAAUACGAUUGAUUUUUCUCAAGUUCGCGAUCGUAAAAUUUAAUGAAAAUCUAUGAAAUAAAUGUGAAUUUGAAACGAAAAAUAAUUACACCAUCAUGUCGGAGACCAGUGAAAGCGACCAGCACGAGAAGGACAUGCUGAGCAUGUUCGCCAGUGUUUGGGUGAAGGUGGAAGUCGGGGAGACUGAGGACAACUUGCCUGAGUUCGUGGAUGCGGAUCAUGUUGAAGAACCGAUCCCAAAGAAGAAGAAGAAAACACCUCGACCGACCCAGGAAUUAAAAUGUACAUUCUGUGAUUACACGACCGUCUACAAGAACUGCUUGAAGCUCCAUAUAAUGGGGCACAGCAACACUAAACCGUAUUCCUGCGAUAACUGCAACUACACUACCAAGUACCCAACCUCGUUACAUCGGCAUAUGAUAAUACAACAUGACUUUAAAGUCACCGAUCACCUCCAAAUGCAAGUCUACCAGUGUGAAAUGUGCUCCUAUUCAUCAUAUUUCAAGUGGAACUUGAAAGCUCAUACGAGGAAACACACCGCUGAGAAACAGUACAAAUGUGAGCAGUGCAACUAUGCCACUGCGUACCGACAUAAUUUUAAUAAACAUCAUAAGGUUCAUAAUAAGGAAGAAAUGAUGUAUAAAUGUGAUAAGUGUCCGUUUGUGACUAAGUACGAAGGACAUAUUGCCAGGCAUUUGGCCAAAAUACACAAUGAAGUGUCCGAUAAGGCUAGGAAGUGUGAUAUGUGUGAUUUCUCAACGAAAGUCCAGUGGAGAUUGAACGUACACAAGCGAAGAAGCAAACAGAACGGUGUGUUGAAAUGUACCUUCUGUGAUUUUGAAACUUCUUACAUGUGUGAGUCUAAAAAGCAUAAAGCCAUGCAUUUUGAUGAUGCACAUGAAAUUAAGUUGAACGAAUCAAGCGGAGAGAUUACCGUUGGAUCCGGAGUAGUAACGAUUCCUUUACCCGAUGAGAAUGGAACCGUACAUGAGAAGUUUCAUAAUUAUACUCUUGAUCCUAACUGUGAGAUUGAUUGGCAUAACAUUAAAGUGUUAGAAUCUAAUUCUAAAGAUCGUCCGUUCCAAUGUAUCAUGUGUAGCUAUACAUCAAGAUUUAAGGCUUCCGUACAAAGGCACUUUCAACGACACCACACUGGUAGCUUACACCGUCCAUAUAAAUGUGUCAACUGUGAUUUUUCAACUAAAACUAAAGAUCAGAUCGCUUUACAUAACAAAAGAAGUCAAUCCGAUACAGAGUUGAAAUGUCCGGAGUGUAAUUAUGUCACUUUCUUCAAAUGUCAGUUUGCAACGCAUCAGAAAUGUCAUUAUGCACACAAGUGUCCGGACUGCAGUUUUACUUGUAAGCAGAAGUAUGAUUUUCAGAGGCACGUGGCCACUGCUCAUACGGGACAAACGUUGCAGUGUAGAUUUUGUGACUAUAAAGCGGUAAGGAAAGAGAGUUUGUUAUGUCAUGAAACCAUACAUACGGGGCAGAAGCCUUUUAAGUGCAAAUUUUGUAAAUAUACCACCGUUCGUAAAUCUCUGCUUGACAAUCAUUUGAAAAGGCGACAUAGUGAUGUUUUAAGGGAACGGGUGAUUGUGAAUGAUAGUAAGAUUGAGUCUCUAAAGGUUCCUAUAGAAAAGGCUCAAGUCAUUGAGGGUAUGAAAGAGCAGCGUAUGUCUAGGGAAAUGGAAGAUAUGACAGAUGAACAGAGUAGCAAAGAUUAUGAUGAACAGUCCAUGUAGAUUUUUGUAGCAGUGUAUGUAAUGUGGCUGAUUUUUACCCUCUAAAGGGGGUGAUUUUAAGCUGUUAAACUUGGUUGAAUGUCUUUUCGCGGCUCGACCGGAGUGAUACCACGGCCUCACAAAAAAUCGACGUGAAACAACGCUUGCCUUGUGUUUCGUUGUGUGAGUGAGGUUACCGGAAGCCCAAUCCCCUAUACUAUACUAAAUUCCCAACCCCCAAUAGACCGGCAACGCACUUGUAACGCCUCUGGUGUUUCAAGUGUCCAUAGACGGCGGCAAUUGCUUACCAUCAGGUGAUCCGUCAGCUUGUUUGCCGGCUUAUUUCAUAAAAAACAAUCCAGAGCCGGUAAUCUAAAUGAUUACGACAGAAAUCGGUUGCUAAGCCAUUUUUAAUCUUAUAACAAAGGCAUAUAUGAUUGAAAAUUCAUAAAAGAUGCUCACUGCUUAUAUCCCAAGCUACUUUUGGGUGGCCCUGCAAUAACGUCUUCCAUAUAUCUAAAAUUACUAUUUUUAACCUGGAAUCUGAAGAAUUCGCCAGUAUUUCACAUCCUCGUACCUCGAAAAGUCAUCCAUUGUCCAUGGGUGACACUGAUUGCUUACCAUCAGGUGAUCCGUCUGCUCGUUUACCGGCUUAUACCAUAAAAGGAAAGGGUCUCUGACUCUUUCUAAAUAAUCAGCACGGAGUUCGGUAUAUGGCAAUAGACUCACCCCCUAUUACUUUUUUUCAGAGGGGAAAAUCAUCCAAUGUCUUCUCUCGCCUUGGGCGAGGCGAGAGGGAGUGUCAGACUCUUACUGACUAAACACCACCCCGUUCCUACUCCUGCUUUUCGAGCCGAAGCCCCGGUAAACCCGCUAGGUAGUCCACAGCUCCGGAACUCCCUAUUACAUGGGACUCAUUAUAUUAAUGGUGAAAAGUGGGUGUUAGAUUGUAUAUCACAUACCUUGUAAUAUAUUGGCACAUUUACGGUUUUCGUAGUUUACCUGACUUGUUUAGUUUUUUGCUUACUGACCAAUGAACCGUUGUUUUACGUGCGUGAGGGGGAAACUACAAUAAUGGUAUAAUGACACUUACGACCUCUCUCGAUGAAUAUGGAAAUAAAUAGAUUAAUAUGCACUUUUAAACACGUAAACCAUAUAAAGUCAAUUUCGUAUUUUUUGCAGAUGUGCCAAUAUAUUACUAGGUGAGCGAUAUGUGAACCCGUCUACCGAAUCAUGCAAUAAUAGACUUUAUUUCUUAGUCAAAUUGGAUUGAAAUUGAUUAAUAUUUUGAUUAGAAAUUCUUAUAAAAAAAUGUACCUAUAUCAUAGAUUUUUUUGAGUUACGAAAGAGAUUUAUUAUUUUGUUUAUGUAAGAAUACUAUGUACAUAUUAAUGUUAAGAAAUAAAUGUUCUUGCUUUUACUAAA